CUUAGCCAUUACAUUCGUAUUCAGUAUUUACUUCCUGAAACAUUGUGUUAGUUUGUAAAUCGAAUUCUUGUGAAAGAUCAGGCAUUUGGUCGUGAUAUGGAGCUGUUUAUUUUAUUUGGGAUUCUUCUUUGCGGUCAAGUGCUCAGUUUAACCUUAUCGGGAAACGGGACAUCUGGAGGUUUCACAGUUCAAGAGAAUGCAUCCUUGCAACUAACGUGUUCCUCGUCUACCGAAGUUCAGUAUGUUAACUAUUAUAAAAGAUAUACGAACAAGUCUCCUGAUACAAUAACUGCAGUAGGCUACGGCUUAUCAGGAUGUGGCACGGAUCCCCUACCGCCUUCAUACCUCAGCUGCUCAUGUGUCAGUAGGAAGGAAUACGUAUGUGUCAUCAGAACCGUCACCAGACAAAUGAAUGGGGACGUUUGGUUUUGUCUACCUAGAGGAGGAGAUGUAAAUGACAACAGUGGGGAUAAACCGAUCGUCGUAACAAUCGGUAUUACGUCGGUGAGUAUGGUGUUCCCGGCGGUCGACUUCGUGUCUGUGAUAAAAAACACCGCCCGGGAGUUCCGGUGUGAGACGUCUGCCGGGAACCCACAGGCCACCGUGGAGUGGUACAAGGAUCACGGUACACCCGGCAGGGCGGAUGACAUAGAAAUUACUUCCGGGAAAGAGACAUACUCGAGAGGUAGUGGUUCUCUGAUUGUGACUAGUGGUAAACUGACGUUGACUGUACAGGGGAACGAUGAUGGCGUGGGCGUGUACUGCAGGGCAGAGAACGGCGGGGACUGGCAAUACUCCUUAAGCGUUGUCAUAGAUGUUCAGUUUGGACCUCAAGUAAAUCUUCCUGGGGACCAUCCCAUAUUGGAGGACAGAGGUUUGAAUUACUCUUGUUCGUACACCCCUGGAAACCCUUCUCAAACAUCAUUUGUCUGGACGAGAUCAGUAGACAACAAGCAAUGGAACAGCAGGUUUGUCAAUAUCAGCUCUGUGCAGAGAUCUGACGAUGGUAUAUAUACGUGUACCGCCACGAAUCGGAUGACGCCUUCUGGAUCUAACGAACAGAUUGGAAAACACAACGGAACUUUGCACCUAAAUGUUUUGUAUGAAUCAUUCGUAAGCAGCUUCACAAUUGCUGGUAACAGCGGAACUGAUAUCGUGACAAAAUCAGAGUUCAGCAAAGCGACGUUAAUCUGCACCGUGGAUAGCAAUCCUCCAGCGUCUAUCAAUAUUCGAAAAGACGGUAAAACGAGGAGAUCCGUCGAUAAUUCAAAACUGCUUGAGUAUACCGUUGAAAACCUAACAUGCUGGGAUGCUGGACUUUACAAAUGCAAUAGCAGCAAUAAGUAUAAUAAUGCCAUCCCUUCGAAGAAGGACUUAAAGUUGUUUGUUAGAUGUUCACCGAGGCGUCCGCCUGGCGAGGAUAUCAAGUUUAACUUCACUGCUCGACAACAUGAACAUGCAACACUUGAGUAUACUGUGUUUGCGUAUCCAGUCCCGAAGCCGUCACAGUUUGUCUGGAAAAAAUGCAAGACAACGUGUGCUAAUUUACCAAUUAUGCCCAGGAAAUAUGAAAUUAAAACAACGGAGUUGUCGAGUAAUUUGACCGUACUGGAUAUUGGAAUGGAUGAUUACGGCGUAUACAGUAUUUCAAUUAACAAUGACAUUGGUGAGGAAUUAGUCGAAGAGCUGUAUCUUCAACCAGCUGGACAACCAGAAUUACCAACGGAGUUUCAUGUCAUUGAUGAGUAUCUAAGUGAAACACAAGCAAUAGUUAUAUGGACUCCUGGAUUUAAUAACGGUCUUCACCAAACCUUUCAUUUGUCGUAUACAAAAUUCAAUGAACUCACAUCUUUUACAACUGUGAAUAUUUCUCAUAACGAAGUCGAAGAAAAAAUGAACUAUACCUUAAACAAAUUGACGCCUGGAACCCAGUAUUAUGUGGAACUUUUUGCUUCAAAUGCAGAAGGGAAUUCCAUGAAAGUCAACGUAACAUUUACAACAUUGGUGCACCAAACAAAUGCAGUUGCUCUAAUCGGAGGAUCAAUCGGAGGUAUCAUUUUUGCAGUUUUGAUAAUUGGAGGCGUUAUAUUAGUCGUUAAGAAAUUCAGAAAAGUCGAUGUUCCGGAUGUUGUUGAAAAUUCAACGUAUGUCCCUGUUGGAGACAUAUCACCAAAUAUCAACAAUUCAGACGCAGAUGCCUUGUAUACACAACCAAAUAAAAUUAAGGCGUCCGGUUCAGCAGCUGCUCCAAAGAAACAUGGGAAGAAGUCAUGUGAAAACAAGACAUUUGAAGAUUCAACGCUCGAUGGCCACGAGCUCCAAGAAAAGAAGAAAAAUGUAAACAAGGAUGGACUCGUCUACGCAGACUUAGAUUUUCCUAAACCACGAAAAGGACAAAAGCCGUACAUACACUGCGUUGGUGACAAAACGGUGUAUGAAGAAGUUGAUUUAUCACAAAAAGCUGAGCCUCUACCAGACAGUGACGACGACGAAGCAACUGUCGAAAUAAAAAACAAAUAAAAUCAAUUGAUAGGACCACAGUAUUUGUAUCUUAGUUCCUUUCUUGUAAUAAGUUUAAUAAUAAGCUGUUUUUAUUGUUUUGAGCAGAUCUGAUAUUUCAGACAAAGAUCUAUUUUCACUUUUUAUUUGCACAUAUUGUUCUACAUCAUUUGAAGGGACAAUUUUUGAUGUGGUAGGUGUACGACCUAAAGUUCAAUGACUGUGGCCACAGGUCUUUACUCAAAUUUUGAAGAGCUUCUGUGGUAGCUUAUAUUGGUAUAGAAAUCGGCUAGUAAUUUUCCUUCAUGUUUUCAAUAUUUUAACCGUUAAAAGUAUUUCCCGUUUUGCCAGCUUAUGUAAUAUAUACAAGCUUAGGUAACACACUACCACAAUUGUAUACAAUAUCUCAUUCUUUCCUCAACACACACCAGCAUAAAGGUAAAUGAAUCACACAUACUGUUCAGUGGGACAUUUUAUUUUGGUUUGUACUCAAAAGUUCAGGAAAAAACAAAACCUCUUCAUUUUAAAAAUAAAAUGGAUGAGAUGUGCUAUGACACGUGAACAGAAACAGAAAUUUAGUCUGUCAUUAAGACUCUACGUGUAUUUCAAUUUAUGCUUACAAUUAAAAUGAUCAUAAAACAAAGUAAAAUGGAGAAUAUUGAAGAAUUGAAUUAAAAAUAAAACAUAUGAUACAAAAGGGAAAUUAACCUUCAUGAGACAUUAAUGAAGAUAAAUUGACUUAAUAGGCAACAAUAAAUAAACUUAAUAAUAUAGUGUGACAAAAGGCUAAUAUAAGGAACAGGAGUACAUCUUUGUAUCCCUGAUAAAAUUAUGAUGAUUCAUUACUCACGAGCCGAGGCUCAAAGGCAAUGUUUGAUAAUAUUUUUCAAAUUGAAUAUAGUCCAGGUAGAAUCUACCUAACUUGUAAAUAUUGUAAUUACUGAAAUGAUUGCGAGACAAGUGGUCUUAAUGCCUGAAUGCAUAUUUCAUAAUUUAUGAGUAUGUUUGGGAGAAACAUAUUUCAUGCAGGGGUGAAUAUGUUAAAUAUAAGGUGGAUUUAAUUGUGAACUAUUUUUUAUGCAAAUUUAUAGUUAUGCCACUUUGCUCAGUGAUUAUAAAUUAGUUUUUGUCUUACAAUGUCAUGUUGAUUUUAAUUCAAGAAUAUUCUAGAAUUGCAGUUUAAAUGUAUUUUGCCUGAUUAAGAAAUUGUGUUGUUUGUAGUGUUAAAAGCUAGAUGAUAAGUUUGACAUCGUCUACACUAAUAUUAACUCGCAAUAAGUUAAUCACGUUUGCCUUCCUAUAUAAUCAAAAUUAUUGUGUUUGUGUAAUUAGCAAGUCUUACUUAUUUCUCUAAUUUGCUUAAUGUAUUUUUAGUUUUAACUUAUAUAUUUAUAUAUGACCCUUUCUAUAUUCUGUUUAAGGACUUUGCAUUUGAAACGUUUAAUUAUGCUCCCUACUGUUUUAGUAUUGGAAAAGGACUUUUUUAUAUAGAGAACUUGGUGAAUUCCGCCUCGGCUGGAUUGUUUCAAUGUCUUAGUUAAGGACUGCGUACGUAUGUAGCCCCUCCCGUUACUAGCAAGAGUGGCUGCCAAAAAACUCGAUUGGCAAGCUUCCCUGUGACACAUACAAUAGGGUUAACCAAGUUUCCAUUGCAAAUUUGUUUCAUAAAUUGUUUUGAAGCUCCAUUUCUAAAAUAUAUAUGUUUUAAGAAAGAAACCAUGUCGCUAACCAACUAUAUGAGAUUAAUUUUACAUUGUUCUUUGUUAGUGUUUGUUUAAGUAAAGCCAAGUAAGUAGAACAUUUCCGAUAGAAUUGAUGACAAAUUUUCCCAAGUGUAUUGAUAUCAUGUCAUCAAUUGUUAAAGUCGAUGUGUACAAUUUUUCAACUUAAUAUUUAUGUACAGUAAUAAAAACUUUU